AUGGGCGUGUCGGCCUUGAAGGUGGCCGGGUGUAUCACGGCCAUGUAUAGCCAGCGUCGGCAGGUUGGGGUCGGAAAUCACGGGCGAGUGGUGCCUAUUAUGAGUUUCAGCACGCAGCAGCGCCCCAUACUCAAGACGCUGGCCUUCGUGGAGGUUCUGCAUGCUUAUGCCGAAUGGACCAUCAAGCUAUUCAUGAACCCCGACACCACCGCUGACGUUCGCAGAGGCCUUACGCCCACUUUCAAAGCACUCGUAGUGGGUUCAUCGCAUUUGCUCGUCGAGCUUGUCGAACGAUGCGGGUGGCAGGGUUUAUAUGCUUACAGACAGAUCAGUGAGCUGGCGUCUACGUUCCAGGGGAAUUCAGUCGCAGAGGGUGACACACUGGCCAGCAGCAUCUGCCUGGUGUCGGAGCUUCUGGCACAGAAAUACUGCCUGCCUCAACCGGUCGAUCGAAGAAGCCCUCUGGCCAUGUACGAGAGGGGAGUAGUCGACGAGAUUGCGGCGAGUAUGGCCCCGAUACCUAGCGGUCAUCGAAGCAGCGAGUUCAAUGCGGCGGUCCCUCUUUGA